GCCAGCCCAGCCCGCCUGCUGGUGGCCAUGUCGCGUGGAAGCCCAAACGGGGGUUCAGGCGAGCCCUUGUCAAGGUUGAGCAUGCCCCACCUUCCCAAAAGGGCGAGGGGGGCCAACUGGACGGGCCUGAGGGGCCUGACGGGGGAGGGGAGGGCCCAUGGCGCCAUGGACCCAAAGACCCAAAGUUUCCCGCUCGCUCCCCCAACUUUUUGGAAUUCCCAGGCCCAUAAUCCGGUGGCCCAGGGGUCAGCACCAACAAAACCACCGACAGUCCCGCCAGCCCGCCAGCCCGCCAACCCGCCCAUUCCGUCGUCGUACCCAAGGCAGACAGACAGCCAGACAGCCAGCCAGGGCGCGAGAUCAGACGGGCGGUAGGCACUCAGGCACUUGCAGCAAAGGCAAUUACGGACGAACACUGACACAAACACACGAGCUGCCCCAGCCUUGUGGAACUGGAACCGUGCCUGUGCGCCAGCUACACAAACAAAACACGCCAGCCCGAGGUUGGAAACUCAAAAAUCGUACAUCGUAUUCGAGGUCCAAGUGAGGCAGGUGGGAGUGAGUGGUGAGGUGAGAAGCUGGCAAUUAAGCACCCCCAGAACGGGCGGGCAGCGGGCAACUCCCCUAGCGAACUAGCACGGACUCGGGCCACAGACCACAGAUCACAGACCACAGACCGCAGGCCAGACAAAAAAAGCCCACUUUGACAAUCCCACACAAGAGCGUGGCCGGCCUAUCAAGACGUCAACUUAUUAAUUCGCCACACACACUCGCACUCACUCACUCACACAACGCACACGCACCACGCACCACGCACCACGCACACAAAUUGCAUCGGCGCAGCGGCGGUGUCUCUGAUCUCAGCUUGGCCCAGACCCAGACACCACCACUGCCACCUGAUUCGAUUCGCCUCGACCCCCAACCGACCGACCCUUGCCGACUCGACUUCAGCCUCCUUGGCGAGCACACAAGAAAGAAGCCAUCCGUCUACGGAGUGCAGUCCCCGUGCAUACAUACAUGCCCCUACCUGCCAGCCUGCCAGGCCCGUCCUGAGAUUACCACCCCGAUACCGUCGGUCGCCACCGUCUGCUGCCCCUGCCCUGCCCUACCUAGGUACCCUGUCCUGCCCACCAGCCGACCAGCGACGACGACUUAUUACGACUUGUCUGGUGUGCGCGUGUGUGUGUGCCCCGGCAGCCCGGGCGGCAGCAUUAACUGACUAACCCAUUACGCACUCUACUACCCGUCACCGUCAAUCGACCUUACCUUAUUACACACCUGCCUCUCAAAGCAAAGGCCAACCAUCCACGCCCGGUUCCAUCCUGUCCCAUCGCACCAUACCCGCACCGCCUUGGAAGCGCACACCAGCGCCUCGCAUGGUGCCAUCGCCUCCUCGUCCAUCACCGCGCCCCCGGGCUUUCAUGACUCUUCGCCUGCUGCAAUCAACCCGCCAGAAGCAGCAGCAGCAGUAGCAGCAUGUCGGCCACCAACCCAAGUGAGGCCGCAUCGGGCGGCAGUUUCGACCUGCUGCGCAGGGCCACGGCGAAAAUGCUCUACAACCGGUCAGUCAUUCAUUUCCUGUCUGGCCUUGGCCUUGCCUCCUUGCCUCCUGGCCUCCUUACUCGCUCUCCUGCACAUCCGGUGAUUCACCGCGCAUCAGCUACAACUUCACACUCGGCGGCCCGCGUUCCAAGUUCCAAGUCUUUGCCAGUCUGCAGUCAGUCUCCCGGUGGUGGAGCUGGCCCCCCCCAGUGGGAGGGGUGCACCCUGCCCUCAUGGCAGGACUCCCCCCGGCCCCAAUACGUCCCCCAAGAAGGUUCUAACUGCACUCCUCCUGCUCCCAAACGCUGCAGCUGCACCGUCUUCCUUCUAGAACCCCUAGUCUGGGUAGUCUGGGUAGUACACACGACAAUGCGCGUCACCACACAGACGGGCUGCCUUGUUUAUUUCUGGCGGCCAGCGCCUGCCUCUCCACUUUAACUCGCUCUUACAUCUCCCUCAACUCACCUCACCUCGACCGGUACGGCCUCUGAUGCCCAAACCAAGUGGAUGUUGGAUACCCGGCUGGCUGGCUGGCUGUCGGUCUUUGCCUGUUUUGUGCCAGCCAGCCAGGCUCGACUUGCACACUCGCUUGCAGGACCCUUGUUGCAGCUUGCCGCGGCUGGCCCAGGCAGUUUAGUCUAGUUGCCCUGCUGUGAGGUCGCGGAAUCUUGGGGCAGAAUUGCCAUAUGGCAGCGGCAUGGGCAUAUGGCAGAUGCGACAGGGUCCUUGACAGACAGCAUUUACCCACCGGCCCACACCAGCCCAGGCUGAGUGGGGGCACGCUGGGCCUCCCCUCAGGGAAAAGCACCCAACGCGCCCAAUGGCACGCCCCACGACAGCGUUUUCGGCGACAAAUUGCAUCGAUGCGUCGCCGUCGCGCCGUGGUCGUGGUGCGGUACUUGGCCGACGCCGCCAGCUAGCCCGUUAUCACCUCAACCUCAACGUCACGGAAUGGUCAAGCUCGAGCAAUUGCCCGUUCCCCAGCCUGACUCGGUCUAGUACCGCUCUCCCUGGGCAUAUCUCCGUUGUCCCGGCUGCCGCGUUACCAGCCUGGGACUGGACUUUUUUGCGCGGUGUUUCGGGUGGCCUACCGCACCAUCCAUGGCAUAGUACCAUUAUACGGAGUACCAUCAUACCGAGUACUGUACAUCCAUCCAGCAGAGGCACCUGGGCUGCUGGGCUGCUGGGCUGGGCACAUUAGCAACCUUAGCACCCAUAAGUGCCUGGGCUACCACAAACGUGCAGCAGGCUGUUGAGGUACUGCGGACUGGCCGAGCACCAGCUCCUAGGAGGCUGGUGUGCGUUGGGCACUGCACCUAGUCUCCUGCACCUGCACCCAAAGCCCGUACACACCUGCACACCGUCGAUUCUCCUGCUGGGAGGCCCCUUUCCCCCCUGCUGUCUGUCUGUCGGUCUGUCUGUCUGUCUCUCCUGUCCGUCCGGCUGCAGUCCCCUAUCUCCUGCCGGGUGUCCGAGUUUUGAACUCCGGCCGACACCACGAGGGAAGAAAGCCAGGCCUGUGGUCCCCGGAUAGCCAGCCCACUGCGCACGAGCUGCCCACUGCCCGCCACAUCUGCCGCGGCGCCGGGGGGGGGGGCUGACUGAGCUUCAAAUCAGUCGAGCGAGCUUGCCAAUGACUCGCUGACCGAGCGUGUCCCUGAUGUUACUGUUACUGCGUUCACACCCCCCACACACGGCCCCAAGUGAGACUCGAAGCACCCUGUGCCUGGCGCGCCCCGGGCAAACUCUCCCUCCCCCCACCCCACAUGCCCACAUGCGCCCACCUUUUUGGUUCGUUGUCCCAGGCUCGGUUCAUCAACCACAGACCACAGGCCGCACAGCUCCAGGUAGUCCCAAGGAUGCUGGGCCUUCCAGGCUGCCAGGCUUCCCAGCUUCCCAGCUUCGACGAGAGCUAGCCCGGAGGUGGGCGGGUUCUCGGAGAUGACACACUUUACUGGCUGCGCAGCAGGCGCUCUUGCAUGCACCGUUUUGCAAUGUCGUCCUGCAAUUCGGCCCUGCCCCAGUGGCCCAGUGGCCACUGGGCCAGCCCUCACUGCUCAGGCCCUGAAAGUCCCGACGGCCAGUGUGCCCCCAGCAUGGCUCCAGCACGUUGAAAAAUUCUCCAAUUUUCCCAGCCCAAGGACGUCAUUCAUUGACCCGCACAUGGGCGCACCCCCUCCCGCAGAUUAGCAAUUCCCCAUCGUGGCCUGCCUCUUUAAACACCCUGACCCGCACACUAUCGUCACCGCUGGGACUUUCACAAGCUUACUGCCCCUGUCUUCCGAUUCCUGCCGCCUGCCCCUCCGCCCUCCGCCAUUUUUCUGCACCCUACCUACCCCCAUAAGAAAGCGCAGGCAGAAUGGAAAAUCAAAAUCCUAACGAGCGCAGCAGGACUGCCGCGGCAGACAACGAGGACGGCGCAGACCAGAUUUACGACGCCCCUCGCUCCGGCAUCGCUACCCCCCAACCAGAUCUCCAAGACAAGCGACUGCCCGGCAUCAUGAGCUACUUUACUGGCCAGGUUCGUCCAGCCUCUCUUCAGCGUCUGUGGUCUGGCACCUUUUCUGCGACUACAAAGGCCGAGGCUGCGCCUCGUGAUGCGCCUCGGCAGGAGGAGCAACGGGAAGAGGCAGGGGCGGAGGCGGAGUCAGGGCAUGACAAGCAGCAGCAUCUCACUUCCUCCCCACCACCACCACCACCACCCUCACAACUGCCAGUCAGCCCUGUCGAUUCCUCCUCCCGCAGCCCAUCUGAGGCCCAAGGACCACCUCUCCUCCCUCAUGAGACGGUGGGCGAGCUCUCAGAAGAGAAGCCUCCUCCCGAGAGCGCCGAGUUUCAUCCAUAUCCCACUCCUCCAACGUCCUCGCGCUCUUCGGUGCGCGGUGCCAAGGUCGGCGAGAACUGUGGCGAGGGCUCGAAGCAGAGGGCUGGCUCUGCUGUCACCCCGCCUCACCUCCACAAGACGAGCAUCUCGGAACUCACGAGCAUGAACGGCCGUAGGCCAUCUGCGCUUGUACCGGUGGCCUCGGUGGCCAUCACCGAGUCGAACGUGAAUGCUCGUCACUUCUCAACUCCUGGCAGUCGCAGAGUUUCCACUUCACUCAACCCCCCAAAGCACGAGAACCCCUCUCCCGCGAAGACAGACGAUGUUUCUGAAGACCCUGCUUCUGUUCGUCAACUUAAGAAGCUAACAAGCGACGUGGCUCAAAAGAGCGGCCAUUCCACCCCAACCCGAACACUCUCGUCCACGAAAGUAGCCCGAAAUGACGGAGCGGAUGAGCGGAGGACCAGCGACGAGAGCUCGAGCGCCACGGGCACCCAGACCCCUCCCAGCUCCAGCGCAGCAUCAAACUUGCCAACCGUCAAGGGCAAGCUCACCAUCAAGAUAAGCGAGGCGAGGGGUCUACGGAAAUGCCGGGCACCGUAUGUGGUUGCCGUUUUCCAGCGGAGCGAGCUGAUCUCAAGCGGCCCACGCAUGGAAGAGAACGACGAUGAGACGGCAAUCUCGAAUGUCGCCAUGGGAGGAGUGCCCAUUCAACGGCAGAGCAGCGAUUCAGGCCGGCCGAUGGCCAUCCCCAUGCGAAGCCGCCAGAGCAGCAACACCAGCACCGGCGAACCCCACAGCUUCCGAACCCGCACCCAACGUCAGUCGUUCACCAACCCUAAGUGGGACGCCGAGGCUGUAUUUGAUGUCGUCGACUCGGACAUGAUGGUCGACAUUUCAGUAUACGACCAGGGAGUGAAAGGCUCCGAAUUCCUAGGACACGUUGACCUGCAAGCGAGGCGCCCCGACAGCAAAGAGCCCAUCCGAGGCUGGUUUGCUCUGAAGGGCCACGCAGACACGAUGGAGGAGGACGCACCUACCGGCGAGCUAUACGUUGAGGCACUGUACCAACGGACAGAACGACGACACGUCGGCCCAGAAGAUUUCCAAAUCCUUCGCCUGAUCGGCAAGGGCACCUUUGGUCAGGUCUACCAGGUCAGGAAGAAGGACACGGGUCGCAUUUAUGCGAUGAAGGUUCUUUCCAAGAAGGUCAUUGUGCAAAAGAAGGAGGUGGCCCAUACCGUUGGAGAGAGGAACAUCUUGGUACGGACAGCGACGUCAGAGUCCCCAUUCAUCGUGGGCCUCAAGUUUUCAUUCCAGACGCCGUCCGACCUCUACCUCGUGACAGACUACAUGUCAGGGGGUGAGCUAUUCUGGCACCUGCAAAAAGAGGGGCGCUUCGACGAAAAGAGGGCUAAGUUCUAUAUCGCGGAACUUAUCCUAGCAAUCGAGCACCUGCACAAGAACGACAUCGUAUACCGGGACCUGAAACCAGAGAACAUCUUGCUCGAUGCCAACGGACACAUCGCGCUGUGCGAUUUCGGUCUUUCAAAGGCGAACCUCACAAAGAACGACACGACAAACACAUUCUGCGGGACAACUGAGUACCUCGCGCCAGAGGUUCUGCUGGACGAGCAAGGCUACACCAAGAUGGUGGACUUCUGGUCACUGGGCGUGCUGGUCUUCGAGAUGUGCUGCGGCUGGAGCCCCUUCUAUGCCGAGGACACCCAGCAGAUGUACAAGAACAUCGCGUUUGGGAAGGUCAGGUUCCCGAGGGACACCCUGUCGCUCGAGGGCCGGAACUUUGUCAAGGGACUGUUGAACAGGAAUGCGAAGCACCGUCUUGGCGCUAACGACGAUGCCGAGGAGCUCAAGCGCCACCCGUUCUUUAAUGACGUCGACUGGGAGGCCCUGGCGAAGAAGGUCAUCACACCGCCAUUCAAGCCGAGCUUGAAGUCAGACACCGAUGUGUCAUACUUCGACCCCGAGUUCACCAACGCUUUGAACACGAACGGUUCCCUCAACGAGCGAGCGGCUGCUCUGGCACGCGGCUUUGCCACGUCCACUCCCCUGUCACCGUCUGUGCAGGCCAACUUCCAGGGCUUCACCUUUGUUGACGAGAGCGCACUGGACGACCACAUGAGGGAUCGAAUGCACGACGAUGAGAUGGAUGUGGACCGGCACAGGCCCACGGACUGGGACGAAGUAGACGACAUCAACGCUCGGAAGCCAAACCGGAUGAGCGGGGUGGUCCGUUCCAACGACGAGCACCUCGUUGGUGGUGGUGAUUUCGACAUGUGAGGAAGCGGUAUCGGCUACCGCCGCCGCCGCCUCGCAUCUUUUCUCUCCCUAUUUGGGGUUACAAAAAGGCGAUCAACGGAUUUUCACGUUCAUGAGAUUGGUACUACGCAUCACGCAUUUGCAUAUGGGCGGUUCAGAAACAGUUGCGUUAGGCACAUGAUGCAGCGCAAGGCCCUGGCGUCCUGGAAACAGAAUUUGAUUUCAUGAUUGCAAAAACAAAACGAUUCUUCCGGUUGGGUCUCUUUGCGGGGGCCAUGAGACCCUCUGAUCAUUUGGGAGUCACGACGAUUGCUUGGACGCUGCUAUUUAGCGAAGCCUGUACGAGUGAGUGGUUGACCGCCAGCAGGAUGGGGGGAAGGGGGGACAGCAACGGCCUGGUGCGCCUCAAAUUGUGACUGUAUGUCCGACAGCAUGGGUUGAUCGGAGCAGUUUGGUGGCUAAUUUUGCACCGCCAGGCAAGAACCCAAGAUACUUGAUACUAGUAUCUCGACGGCCACUUUUGAGACAGGACAUGUCAACAUGGUAUGGCAUCUAGGAAGUAUUCCAGCAGCAGCAGCAGCAGCAACAGAGCGCUUUGCCAUGGGUUGGGGAGGGAUGGGAUUGCGCUCUUCUACUCUGAGAGGCAGCCGGAUGCCAUUAUGUAGUUAGGUCUCCAACAGAUCGAUGGAAAACAAUGUCUAAGGUGGUAAUUAAUAAUCCGACGUCCUCGACGCGGGCUUGCACCCCA